AAUCUCAUAUGGAAUAGUAUGUUAUCAAAAUUGUGAAAGGAACAGAUGAAUUCGGCAAGCAAAGUUUCUCUCAGAAGAUCUCAACAAUUUUUUUCAUCUCUUUUCUCUUGACAAAAAUAGAUACCCAACAGGAUCAAAUACCAGGUUUGACACAAAGUAUUUACAACAGACUGGGCUUCGACCCUCACGUAUACGAGAUAUCCUCGCUAGCGUACAGAGACCUUGCCAUUUCAAACCAGGGUCAGACAAUCCUAGUGACGGGAGAAUCUGGAGCGGGAAAAACUGAGACGGUGAAAAUUUUGAUGGAUCAUCUCGCGUGCGCACAGCUCUCGCGACCUGCAUUAAAUGAUGACGCACAAAGCCGUACAACUACUUCAAGUGAUUCAAAAGAUAUUAUCCAUCGGAUAAUUCAAUCGUCGCCCGUCUUUGAAGCCUUUGGGAAUGCAAAAACUAUUCGGAACGAUAAUUCAUCCCGGUUUGGAAAGUUCAUUCAAUUGCAAUUUGCAAUUGAACCAAGGGCUGUAGCGAGGCGUGAAGGUCGAGAUGUUCCCUACACUGAACUGUUUGGAAGUAGAGUAUCCACUUAUUUGCUUGAAAAAAAUCGAGUUGUAUUCCACUCGGAAGGGGAAAGGACAUUCCACAUCUUUUAUCAACUUCUUGCCGCACCAUCUGAUUUCAAGCAGGCUAUGUGGCCAUUCUUCGGUGAUCUUGAUGCAAACGAUUUUUUGUAUACUGCUGAAUCUGCGGAUGAAACAAAUAGUGAAGAUGAGCAUGAGUUGUGGUCGAAGACAAAGAAAGCACUUGAAACAUUCAAGGUAAAAAAUGUUUCAUUAACUGUUCUCAUGCGAGCCCUGGGUAUAGUUCUUCAACUCGGAAAUUUGGUUUUCGAGCAUGACUCUUCGUCAGAAUACGAGCAAUCGACGAUCAUUUCAAGUAAAGACCAACUCGAACGACUUUCUGAAAUGAUGGGUGUCGAAAGUCAUGAUCUACAAGAAACAAUCACGUCUCGGACUUUAAGAACACCUAAUGAGGAACCCAUCAAAGUGCAGUUGACGCCUGAAGUUGCAAAGGAAGCUUGUGAUGGACUUGCAAAAGAGAUUUAUGCAAGAAUUUUUGAGGCAGUGGUACAACGAGUCAAUAAAUAUACCAUGCCAAAUGAACAAAAUGUUGAUAAUGAAUCUGGUACACUGAAACAGAUUUCUUUAUUAGAUAUAUUUGGAUUCGAAAACUUUGAGGUGAACAAAUUCGAGCAGCUUUGUAUAAACUAUUGCAAUGAAAAAUUACAAGGCAGAUACGUGGUAAGUUGUUUACUCUGAUUCAUGCUUAAUGCCUGUAUCAUUUUGAUUGCCGUCGUCUUACUCACUAUAUUAUUUCUUAAAGGAGGACAACUUUCAUGAAAUCAAGGAUCAAUACAUCGAAGAAGGUGUUGAUCUUUACGACUUCAAGCUAGUGGAUAAUUCUGAUAUUCUUCACUUACUAGAAGGAACGCAUGGUUUAAUCACGAUAUUAAACGAGGAAUGCUUUAGACCGAAAGGAAAUGAUGAAUCAUUCGUUUUUAAGGCAAAAAAGAGACAUGUGGGAUCCACUGGGAAAUUGAUCGACAAGAAUUUGCACACGCGAACGGAGUUCGAUAUCAAUCAUUUUGCUGGAAGCGUUUGCUACGAUGCUCAGAAUUUCGUUUUGAGUAACACAGAUAAACUUCCACCCGAUCUCAUUGCCUGCGCAGCAAAUAGUACGAAUGUGAUUAUACGUGAUGAAUUCCGCAAACUACUAGUAUCCGAAGAAGAUGGAACAGGACCAAAGAGACGAAAAAAUACCCGCAAGACCGUUCUCAGUAAAUUUCAGGUUCAGUUGAACAGUCUCAUGUCAGCCAUGGAGGGCACAAAAAUACGAUACAUACGCUGCAUAAAACCCAACAAAUCUAUGAUUCCAAAAAUGACUGAUCACGCUAGUGCGAUGAGGCAGAUGGAAUGCUCAGGGCUUCUAACAGCGUUGACUAUUUCAAGAGAGAGCUACCCACAAAGUAUGGAAUAUGAGUUCAUUUUGAAUCGAUAUUCUUGCCUUCCAGACAACUACGAACUUUCAGAAGGCAAAGGAGAUAUGGAACUUCGAGAAAAGGUCAGCCAUAUGCUCACCAAGUGCUUGAAGCCAAUAUCGAGGAAAAAUAGAGACGGUUCAAGAAUAAUGCCCUUUGCUUGUGGAAAAACAAGGGUAUUUUUCAAAGCUGGAGCUCAGGACCAGCUUGAGGAUCUCAUAGGACAGUACUAUGAUACGAAUGCCAGAGUGAUCCAAUCGUGGUGCCGAGGGUCAAUGGCAGCGCGUUUGAAAAUCCGGAAGAAGAAGGCUAUCUACACUAUACAAUCAUUCUCUCGUAUGGCUCUGGCAAUACUAUAUUUUCGACUUCAUAGAUCAGCAGCAACCAUUAUUUGUAACUGGGUUCGAUGCUGUUUUGCUGUGGCGGUGUUGAGGAAAAGAUAUGAAGAUUCUAUUUUGGAAGCCCAACGGCAAGUACAGACCACUUACAGCAGCAAGCCGCUAUCAAAAACUGAUGGUCCCCACAUUCUUGAAACAAACAGGGAAUUCGUCUCAGCAAGCGGUUCGUCGUCGAAGGAAACACUUCAAAAGCUCGAGGAACAGAUUGGCGAGCUAAGUAACAUAAAUAUCGGGCUUACAAAAGAAAUAUUCAAACUUCGUCACGAGAAAAACCGAAUGCGUCAGCAGCACCAAUCAACUGUUGUGCAGAUGUCUUCGAAAUUUUCGGUACUGAAAAAAGAGUUGGAGUCCACUAAUCGCAAGUACCAAAGGCAAAAACAGGGAUCCGAUAAAGUCAUCUGUAAGGGAGAGGAUAAGGAUAUUAGCAGAGAGAUUGCCUGCUUGAAAGAAAAACAUUCACUAGCCGUCAUAAAGCUGAAAGACGAAUUGCAUGAUACUCGAAAAUCUCACCAGCAAUACUUGACAAGGCUAGUAGAUGUUCUCGAGACCACUCAUAACAUGCGAGAGGAGGAAAUCGCGAAGAUCAGUAGAGAAUUAAUUUCUAUCAAAAAGGAGAAAGACGACAAAAUAAUGUCGCUGCGCAGAGAAAUCAAAGCCUUGAAAAAAGCAAACACUUCGAAGCUGUCGUCAUCUAAUGGUGUCGGUACAAGAAAAGAUACCGAUGACUCGAAGCAUUUCAACGACGCUGCAGCUGAUUUAGAGAAUUUUGUGAUCCAAUCCACUACUCAAGAACAUCAAAACAACGCAGACGCAGUGAAACAGCAGCAAAAAAUGCUCGACAUGAUUAGAUCUCUUAAGAUUUUAUACCAAAAUAAAUCUUAAAGAAGAAACGAAGAGUCCAGACAUAGAGACUACGUCGCGUGCAUUGAUCCGGGUCAAACUAGACAACUCAAAUCACACGAGAAAACCAAUUGAAAUGCUAUGCUUAACCAGUCA